AUGGUUCUCCUCACCAAAGAUUUGUACUUCAAAUAUUUCAAGAGGGUUCCUGUGGAGAAGUCCGUUUCUGCUUGGUCAUCGGGUUGUCCCCUUUUUUCAGUAUUCCCCCCUGAGGUAACUCUGUCUUUGUCCAGGGAUCGAUUUGAUGCUCUCGGCCUCCGACGGUGGCUUCAAUUUCCGAAACGACCAGCAAUCUACAAUGCUCCGCAGGAGGUCCGAGGAGAUGACAUGAAGGACGUCCAGGAAUUACCGCUGGAAGAGGUAAUGUUUGUUUGCAAGGCAAUCAGUGAGAAUGCCAACCUCAGAGCGCUACUGGCGGCAAGUGAAAAUAAACUCAAGGAGCUGGCAGCUGGUGCUGUUUUGACACAUGUCAAGAAAGGAUCUCCAAUCGUGCGGUCAGGGAAUGUGGUUCGGCAGCUAAUCAUCAUCAAGGAGGGCACAGUGAGUGCAGUCAUUGAAACACAAACCUCUUCAGGGCAUCAAUCAGCAGAAGCUGCUGUGGCCACUUCGACGAUGACUGAACGAAUGCUGCGGAAACAGAAUUUUUUGGCCCAGCUGCAAAGAAGAGCGAAGACCCACACGACUGCAUCUCUAUACGUUGGCAGUACUGGCAAGAGCCCCCGCGAUCAGAAAUCUGAAGGUGGCAGAGUGCAGCCUCGACAGGGCGCUGGAGGGAUUGCUCGGCGCAGUGUUGGAGGAGGUGAAGAGGCAGAAGCACCUUCAGACAAUGCUCAGAAUCAAAUGAUUGAUGCGCCUCCAGAAACAAUUCUAACCGCGGGUGAUAGCUUUGGCGAGCUGUCAAUUCU